GAGGUGGGCACAGCGCCCGCAGCCAGGGGCGAUGGCAGAGGAGAGCUCGAGCGGUGGCAGCAGUGGCUCCCCUGGGCCCGGGGACACCCUGCCCUGGAACCUGGGCAAGCACCAGCGUACCAGGCGUGCCAAGGCUGCGGCGGGCAACGGCACCGUGCUGGACCCUGCCGAGAGAGCUGUCAUUCGCAUCGCAGACGAACGUGACCGCGUCCAGAAGAAGACCUUCACCAAAUGGGUCAACAAGCACCUCAUCAAGGCACAGCGCCAUGUCAACGACCUGUACGAGGACCUGCGGGAUGGGCACAACCUCAUCUCGCUGCUGGAGGUGCUCUCGGGGGACACCCUGCCCCGGGAGAAGGGCCGGAUGCGCUUCCACAAGCUGCAGAACGUCCAGAUCGCCCUCAACUACCUGAAGCAUCGGCAGGUGAAGCUGGUGAACAUCCGCAACGAUGACAUCGCUGAUGGCAACCCCAAGCUGACGCUGGGGCUCAUCUGGACCAUCAUCCUCCACUUCCAGAUCUCAGACAUCCAGGUGAGCGGGCAGUCGGAGGACAUGACGGCCAAGGAGAAGCUGCUGCUCUGGUCCCAGCGCAUGGUGGAGGACUACCAGGGCCUGAGGUGUGACAACUUCAGCAGCAGCUGGCGCGACGGGCGCCUCUUCAACGCCAUCAUCCACCGCCACAAGCCAAUGCUGAUCGACAUGAACCGAGUCUUCCGGCAAAGCAACCUGGAGAACCUGGACCAGGCCUUCACCAUCGCCGAGCGCGAGCUGGGCGUCACCCGCCUGCUGGACCCCGAAGACGUGGAUGUGCCGCAGCCGGAUGAGAAGUCGAUCAUCACCUAUGUCUCCUCGCUCUAUGAUGCCAUGCCCCGUGUGCCCGAGGUGCAGGAUGGCGUCAAGGCCAACGAGCUGCAGCUGCGCUGGCAGGAGUACUACGAGGUGGUGACGGCGCUGCUGCGGUGGCAGCGCCAGCACACGGUGCAGUUCGAGGAGCGUCGCUUCCCUGCCAGCUACGAGGAGGUGGAGAUCCUCUGGCGCCAGUUCCUGAAGUUCAAGGAGACGGAGCUGCCUGCCAAGGAGGCCGACAAGAACCGUGCCAAGGCCAUCUUCCAGAGCCUGGAGGGUGCGGUGCAGUCGGGGCAGCUGAAGGUGCCCCCCGGGUACCACCCGCUGGACGUGGAGAAGGAAUGGGGGCAGCUGCACGUGGCCGUGCUGGAGCGGGAGAAGCUGCUGCGGGCAGAGUUCGAGAGGCUGGAGCGGCUGCAGCGCGUGGUCACCAAGCUGCAGAUGGAGUCGGGGCUGUGCGAGGAGCAGCUCAACCAGGCCGAUGCCCUGCUCCAGGCUGACGUGCGGCUGCUGGCGGCGGGCAAGGCGGCACAGCGGGCAGCAGAGCUGGAGCGGGACCUGGACAAGGCGGAUGGCAUGAUCCGGCUGCUCUUCAACGACGUCCAGACCCUGAAGGAUGGGCGGCACCCGCAGGGCGAGCAGAUGUACCGCCGGGUGUACCGCCUGCACGAGCGCCUGGUGGCCAUCCGCACCGAGUACAACCUGCGGCUCAAGUCCGGCGCGGUGCCCGCGGCGGUGCCGGUGGUGAGCACGGUGACGACGACGGCGGCGGUGCCCCAGCGGCCGAGGGCAGAGCUGGAGGAGGCGACGCUGCGCUACCUGCAGGACCUGCUGGCCUGGGUGGAGGACAACCAGCGGCGCCUGGCAGCGGCCGAGUGGGGCAUGGACCUGCCCACUGUGGAGGCGCAGCUGGGCAGCCACCGUGGCCUGCACCAGUCCAUCGAGGAGUUCCGUGCCAAGAUCGACCGGGCACGGGCCGACGAGGCCCAGCUCUCCCCUGGCUCCCGUGGUGCCUACCGGGAGUGCCUGGGCAAACUCGAGCUGCAGUAUGGGAAGCUGCUGACCUCGUCCAAGUCACGGCUGCGGCACCUGGAGAGCCUGCAGAGCUUCGUCAGUGCGGCCACCAAGGAGCUGCUGUGGCUGAGCGAGCGUGAGGAGGAGGAGGUGACCUUCGACUGGAGCCACCACAACCCCAACAUGGCAGCCAAGAAGGACAGCUACUCGGCGCUGAUGCGGGAGCUGGAGCAGCGGGAGCGGCGGGUACAGGAGCUGCAGAGCACCGGCGAGAAGCUGCUGCGGGAGGAGCACCCUGGCAGGCAGACACUGGAGGCAUUCCUGGCAGCGCUGCAGACGCAGUGGAGCUGGAUGCUGCAACUCUGCUGCUGCAUCGAGCGGCACCUGAAGGAGAACGGCGCCUACUUCCAGUUCUUCACCGAGGUGCAGGAGACGCAGGAGCUGCUGCGCAGGACGGAGGAGACCAUGAGGAGGAAGUUCUCCUGUGACCGCGGUGUCACCGUCACCCGCCUGGAGGACCUGCUGCAGGACUGCACCGAACAGAAGGAGCAGCUGGCAGAGCUGGGGGUGCAGCUGGGGGCCCUUGCCCGCCGUGCCCAGGGCAUCAUUCAGCUGAAGCCACGCAGCCCUGACACCCCCCUGCAGGGCCGGCCCCCCCUGCAGGCUGUCUGUGACUACAAACAGAUGGAGAUCACGGUGCACAAGGGUGAUGCCUGUGCCCUGCUGAGCCAGGCACAGGGGCACCGCUGGCGGGUGCAGGGCGCGGGGGGCAGCGAGGCUCUGGUGCCUUCUGUCUGCUUCCUGCUGCCCCCUCCGAACCCCGAGGCGCUGGAGGCCGUGCGCAGGCUGGAGGCCUCCCACCAGCAGCUGCUGGAGCUGUGGCAGCAGCAGCACCUGGACCUGCGGUGCCUGCUGGCCUGGCAGUGCCUGCGGCGCCACAUCCAGCAGAUCCAGGCCUGGACCCCGCACACGUUCCGCUCGCUGCCCACAGAGGAGUGCCAGCGGGUGCUGCGGGAGCUGGAUGCCCACUACCAGGAGUUCCUGCAGCUCAGCCAGGAUGCGGGUGGCUUCCAGCCGGGCGAGUGCCAGCAGCUGCAGCGCGACUAUGCCAGCUGCACCCAGAAGUACCAGCAGCUGCUGCGCUCCCAGGAGAAAGGCGAGCAGGAGGAGGCGCUGUGCCGCAGCCACAUCUCGCAGCUCAGGGACAUUCGGCUGCAGCUGGAGAGCUGCGAGAGCCGCACGGUCACCAAGGUGCGGCUGCCCCUGGGCAAGGAGCCUGCCCGGGAGUGUGCCCAGCGCCAGAGCGAGCAGCAGCAAAUCCACCUGGAGCUGGAGGGCAUCAAGAAGAGCCUGGCAAAGGUCAGCGAGCGCACGGAGCAGGUGCUGGCACAGCCUGAGCAGGUGGGCUCGGCCCCGCUGCUGCGUUCUGAGCUGGAGCUCACCCUGCAGAAGAUGGAGCAAGUCUACAGCCUGUCCAGCAUCUACCUGGAGAAGCUGAAGACCAUCGACCUGGUGAUCCGCAGCACACAGGGGGCAGAGGAGAUGCUCAGGAAGUAUGAGGAGCAGCUGAAGGAUGUGCAGACGGUGCCAGCUGACCUGCAGGAGCUGGAGGCCAGCAAGGCUGAGCUGAAGCGGCUGCGGGCGCAGGCUGAAGGCCACCAGCCCUUCUUCAGUGCGCUGGAGACCGACCUGGGCAAGGCCACGGAGGUGAACGAGCGGCUGGUGCGGGGGCACAGCGAGCGUGACGUGGACCUGGAGCGGUACCGGGAGCGGGCACAGCAGCUGCUGGAGCGCUGGCAUGCGGUGCUGGCACAGACUGAGCUGCGCCAGCGCGAGCUGGGCCAGCUGGGCCGGCAGCUGGGCUACUACCGGGAGAGCUGCGACGCCCUGCUGCAGUGGAUCCGCGAUGCCAGGCAGCGCCAGGAGCAGAUCCAGGCCGUGCCCAUCACUGACAGCAAGGCUGUGCGGGAGCAGCUGCUGCAGCAGAAGGCCCUGCUAGAGGAGUGUGAGCGCAACAAGGAGAAGGUGGAGGAGUGCCAGCGUUAUGCCAAGCAGUACAUCGAUGCCAUCAAGGACUACGAGCUGCAGCUGGUCAGCUUCAAGGCACAGGUGGAGCCAGUGGCAUCUCCGGCCAAGAAGCCCAAGGUGCAGUCGGCAUCCGACAGCAUUAUCCAGGAGUACGUGGAGCUGCGGACACGGUACAGCGAGCUGACCACGCUCAGCAGCCAGUACAUCAAGUUCAUCACCGAGACGCUGCGGCGCCUGGAGCAGGAGGAGAAGGCCGCCAAGAAGCUGAAGGAGGAGGAGCGGCAGCGGCUGGCGGAGGUGGAGGCCCAGCUGGAGAAGCAGCGGCAGCUGGCCGAGGCCCACGCCAAAGCCAAAGCGCAGGCAGAGGCAGAGGCAGAGGAGCUGCAGCUCCGCAUGCAGGAGGAGGUUACCAGGCGCCAGAUGGUGGCUGUGGACGCUGAGCAGCAGAAACAGAACAUCCAGCAGGAGCUGUUGCAGCUGCGGCAGAACUCAGACCACCAGAUCAAGUCCAAGGUGAAGCUGAUCGAGGAGGCUGAGUACAACCGCAAGAAGGUGGAGGAAGAGAUCCGCCUGAUCCGCCUGCAGCUGGAGAACACUGAGAAGCAGCGGGCGGGUGCCGAGACCGAGCUGCAGGAGCUGCGGGCGCGUGCUGAGGAGGCCGAGCGGCAGAAGAGGCAGGCACAGGAGGAAGCCGAGCGGCUGCGGCGCCAAGUGAAGGAGGAGAGCCAGAAGAAGCGGGAGGCUGAGGAGGAGCUGCAGCGCAAGGUGCAGGCGGAGCGGGACGCGGCCCGGGAGAAGCAGAAGGCAGUGGCGGACCUGGAGAAGCUGCGGCUGCAGGCAGAGGAGGCUGAGCGCCGCAUGCGGCAGGCGGAGGCCGAGAAGGAGCGGCAGAUCCAGGUGGCCCAGGAGGUGGCCCAGCGCAGCGCUGAGGCCACGCUGCAGAGCAAGCGUCUCUCCUUCGCUGAGAAGACGGCGCAGCUGGAGCUAUCACUGCAGCAGGAACACAACACUGUGGCCCAGCUGCAGGAGGAGGCCGAACGCCUGAAGAAGCAGCAGCUGGAGGCUGAGCAGUCAAGGGAAGAGGCUGAGAAGGAGCUGGAGCACUGGCGGCAGAAGGCCAAUGAAGCACUGCGGCUGAGGCUGCAGGCAGAGGAGGUGGCCCACAAGAAGACGCUGGCGCAGCAGGAGGCCGAGAAGCAGAAGGAGGACGCAGAGCGGGAGGCUCGCAAGCGUGCCAAGGCUGAGGAGUCAGCCCUGCGGCAGAAGGAGCUGGCAGAGGAGGAGCUGGAGAAGCAGCGGGAGCUGGCAGAGGGCACCGCCCAGCAGAGGCUGGCGGCAGAGCAGGAGCUGAUCCGGCUGAAGGCUGAGAUGGAGAAUGGGGAGCAGCAGCGGCUGCUGCUGGAGGAGGAGCUCUCGCGGCUGAAGACAGAGGUGAGCGAGGCCAUCCAGAAGAGGAAGGAGGUGGAGGACGAGCUGGCUAAGCUGCGGGCCGAAAUGGAGGUGCUACUAGAGAGCAAGGCCAAAACAGAGGAGGAGUCACGCUCCAGCAGUGAGAAGUCUAAGCAGCGUCUGGAGGCCGAGGCCAGCAAACUGCGGGAGCUGGCAGAGGAGGCUGCCCGCCUGCGUGCCCUCUCUGAGGAGGCCAAGAGGCAGCGGCAGCUGGCAGAAGAGGAGGCCGGCCGGCAGCGGGCCGAGGCCGAGCGUAUCCUGAAGGAGAAGCUGGCAGCCAUCAAUGAGGCCUCUCGGCUGAAGGCAGAGGCAGAGAUCGCCCUGAAAGAGAAGGAGGCAGAGAACGAGCGGCUGCGGCGGCUGGCGGAGGAUGAGGCCUACCAGCGCAAGCUGCUGGAGGAGCAGGCAGCCCAGCACAAGCAGGACAUCGAGGAGAAGAUCGCGCAGCUGAAGCGCUCCUCGGAGAGCGAGCUGGAGCGGCAGAAGGCCAUGGUGGAGGAUACCCUGCGGCAGCGGCGGCAGGUGGAGGAGGAGAUCCGCGCCCUCAAGGCCAGCUUUGAGAAGGCCUCGGCUGGCAAGACGGAGCUGGAGCGGGAGCUGGGCCGCAUCCGUGGUGAGGCCGAGGAGGUUCAGCGCAGCCGUGAGCAGGCAGAGCGCGAGGCCGAGCGGCAGCGAGCACUGGCGCUAGAGGAGGAGGGCCGGCGGCGGGAGGCCGAGGAGAAAGUGCAGGCCAUCCUGGCAGCCGAGGAGGAGGCCGGGCGGCAGCGCCGAUUGGCCCUGGAGGAGGUGGAGCGGCUGAAGGCCAUGGUGGAGGAGGCCCGGCGGCAGAAGGAGCUGGCAGAGAAAGAGUCAGAGCGGCAGAUCCAACUGGCGCGGGAGGCAGCUCAGAAGCGCAUCGAGGCGGAGGAGAAGGCCCACAUGGCAGCUGUGCAGCAAAAGGAGCAGGAGCUGCUGCAGACGCGGCAGCAGGAGCAGAGCCUCCUGGAGAGGCUGCGUGAGGAGGCUGAGCGGGCACGGCGGGUGGCUGAGGAGGCCGAGUUCGCCCGCAGCAAGGCUGAGCAGGACGCGGGGCUGUCACGGCAGCGCGUAGAGGAGGCUGAGAGGCUAAAGCAGCGGGCAGAGGAGGAGGCGCAGGCCAAGGCACAGGCGCAGGAGGAUGCAGAGAAGCUGCGGAAAGAGGCUGAGCUGGAGGCGGCCAAGCGGGCGCAGGCAGAGCAGGCGGCGCUGCGGCAGAAGCAGCUGGCAGAUGCUGAGAUGGAGAAGCAUAAGAAAUUUGCCGAGCAAACACUGAGGCAGAAGGCGCAGGUGGAGCAGGAGCUGACCAAGGUGAAGCUGCAACUCGAUGAGACUGACCACCAGAAGGGCAUCCUGGACGAAGAGCUGCAGCGGCUGAAGGAGGAGGUGACCGACGCCGUCCGGCAGAAGGCGCAGGUGGAGGAGGAGCUCUUCAAGGUGCGGGUGCAGAUGGAGGAGCUGGCGAAGCUGAAGAGCCGCAUCGAGGAGGAGAACAAGGCGCUGAUCCUCAGGGACAAGGACAACACGCAGAAGUUCUUGGCAGAGGAGGCUGAGAAGAUGAAGCAGGUGGCGGAGGAGGUGGCCCGUCUGAGCGUGGAGGCACAGGAGGCUGCCCGCAUGCGGCAGCUGGCUGAGGACGACCUGGCACAGCAGCGGGCGCUGGCCGAGAAGAUGCUGAAGGAGAAGAUGCAAGCGGUGCAGGAGGCCACACGGCUGAAGGCUGAGGCCGAGAUGCUGCAAAAGCAGAAGGACCUGGCGCAGGAACACGCCAAGCGGCUGCAGGAGGACAAGGAGCAGAUGCAGCAGCGCCUGGCUGAGGAGACCGAGGGCUUCCAGAAGACACUGGAGGCUGAGCGCCGGCGGCAGCUGGAGAUCACUGCUGAGGCUGAGCGCCUCAAGCUGCACGUGGCCGAGAUGAGCAUGGCCCAGGCCAAGGCUGAGGAAGAGGCCAAGAAGUUCAAGAAGCAGGCAGAGGAGAUCAGCCAGAGGCUGCACCAAACCGAGCUGUCCACACAGGAGAAGAUGACACUGGUGCAGACACUGGAGAUGCAGCGGCACCAGAGUGACCAGGAUGCUGAGAAGCUGCGGCAGGCCAUCACUGAGCUGGAGCAGGAGAAGGAGAAGCUGAAGCAGGAGGCAGCACUGCUGCAGCAGAAGGCGGAGGAGAUGCAGGUGGCCCAGCAGGCCCAGCUCCGCCAGGAGACACAGCUCCUCCAGCAGAGCUUCCUGACAGAGAAGGAUGCCCUGCUGCAGAAGGAGAAGUUCAUUGAGGAGGAGAAGGCGAAGCUGGAGAAGCUUUUCAAGGAUGAAGUAGACAAAGCCCAGAACCUGAAGGCAGAGCAGGAGCGGCAGCAGAAGGAGAUGGAGCAGGAGAAGCAGCAGUUGAAAGCCAUGUUGGAUGAAGCCAAGAAGCACCAGCAGGAAGCUGAGGAGAACGUGAGGCACAAGCAGGAGGAGCUGCAACAGCUGGAGAGGCAGCGGCAGGAGCAGGAGAAGCUGCUGGAAGAGGAGAACAAGAGACUGAGGGAGAGGCUGGAGCAGAUGCAGGAAGAGUACAAGGCUGCCCUGGCCCAGACACGAGAGAUCAUGAUCCAGACAGAUGAGUUGCCUGGGGUGGCCGUGGUCACCGCCACGCAGCAGCCAGGCAUCACAGCGGUGCCCAACGGCAGGGAUGCGCUGGAUGGGCUGGCGCAGAACGGAGAGCCUGAGUUCGCUUUCGAUGGCAUCCGCCAGAAGGUAUCAGCUGAGAAGUUGGCAGCUGCUGGCAUCCUGAGUGAGGAGAGCUUGGAGAAGCUGGCAAAGGGCAAGGUGAGUGUUGAGGAGCUCUCGCAGCGGGAGGACAUCAAGAAGUACCUGCAGGGCAAAAGCAGCAUUGCUGGCUUGUUGAUUAAACCCUCCAACCAGAAGAUGAGCAUCUAUGAAGCCAUGAAGAAGAAGCUGCUGAGCCCUGGCACUGCCCUGGUCCUCCUGGAAGCUCAGGCUGCCUCCGGCUUCAUCAUUGACCCUGUGCGCAAUGCCCGGCUGUCAGUGAACGAGGCGGUGAGGGAGGGAGUCAUCGGGCCUGAGCUGCACAACAAGAUGCUGGCAGCCGAGAGGGCAGUCACCGGCUACAAGGACCCCUACACCGGGGACAAGAUCUCCCUCUUCCAGGCCAUGCAGAAGGAGCUGAUCGUCAAGGAGCACGGCAUCCGCCUGCUCGAGGCCCAGAUCGCCACCGGCGGCAUCAUCGACCCCGUCCACAGCCACCGCCUGCCCGUGGAAGCUGCCUACCAGCGUGGCUACUUCGACCAGGAGAUGAACCGGGUCCUGUCCGACCCCGGCGAUGACACCAAGGGCUUCUUCGACCCCAACACCCAGGAGAACCUCACCUACCUGCAGCUGCUGGAGCGGUGUGUGACUGAUCCUGAGACAGGGCUGUGCCUCCUGCCGCUCACUGACCAGGCAGCCAGUGCCAGGGAGCUGCUUUACACCGACAAGGAGGCCAAGGAUGUCUUCAAGAAGGCCACGGUGACAGCACCAUUUGGCAAAUUCCAAGGGAAGACGAUGACCAUCUGGGAGAUCAUCAACUCUGAAUACUUCACUGAGGACCAAAGGCGGGACCUGAUCCAGCAGUACAGGACUGGCAAGAUCACGGUGGAGAAGAUCAUCAAGAUCAUCAUCACGGUUGUGGAGGAGAGUGAGAAGAAGAGCCAGAUGUGCUUUGAGGGGCUGCGGGCCCCGGUGCCAGCUGCUGAGCUGCUGGAAAGCAAAGUCAUUACCAGGGACCUCUACAACCAGCUGCACCAGGGCAAGAAGUCUGUGAAGGACGUGGCUGAGAUGAAGUCAGUGCAGCAGUACCUGAAGGGCACUGAUGCCAUUGCUGGCAUCCUGGUAGAAUCCACUGGCCAGAAGCUGACCUUCUAUGAGGCCUUGAAGAGAAACCUGCUGAAGCCAGAGGUGGCCCUGUCCCUGCUGGAGGCACAGGCCGCCACCGGAUACCUCAUCGAUCCCGUGAGGAACAAAUUCUUCUCAGUGGAUGAGGCAGUGAAGGCAGAGGUGGUGGGGCCAGAGUUCCACGAGAAGCUGCUGUCAGCAGAGAGGGCGGUGACUGGCUACAAGGACCCCUACACAGGGCAGACAGUGUCCCUCUUCCAGGCGCUGCAGAAGGGGCUGAUCCCCAGUGACACUGGGCUGCGGCUGCUUGAUGUCCAGCUGGCCACCGGCGGCAUCAUCGACCCUGUCCACAGCCACCGGCUCCCACUGGAAGUUGCCUACAAGCGUGGCUACUUCGACCCUGAGGUCAAUGCGGCGCUGGGCGAGCUGCGCCAGGAGGCCAAGGCCUUCUACUGCCCCAACCGGCGCCAGCACCUCAGCUAUGGGCAGCUGCAGGAGAGCUGCCACCGUGACCAGCAGACUGGGCUCUGCCUGCUGCCACUGUCGGACGACGCCAUCCGAGCACAGCAGGAGGAAGUCUACACAGACAGCCAGGCCAAGGAGUGCUUUGACAAGGCCACCGUGGAGGUGCCUGUGGGCAGCAUGAAGGGCCAGACCAUGACUAUCUGGGACCUGAUCCACUCUGAGUAUUUCACUGAGGAGCACAGGCGUGAGCUGCUUCGGCAGUACAAGACGGGCAAGGUGACCAUCGAGAAGAUCAUCAAGAUUGUCAUCACCAUCAUUGAGGAGGCAGAGACCAAGAAGCAGGAGAAGCUGACCUUCAGUGGGCUGCGGGCACCAGUGCCUGCAAGCGAGCUGCUGGAGUCCCAUGUCAUCAGCAAGGCCCAGUAUGAGCAGCUGAAGGAAGGCAAGAAGUCAGUGAAGGACCUUGCUGAGACAGAUGCCAUCAGGAGGUUCCUUCAUGGCAGUGACUGCAUUGCUGGUGUCUAUGUGGAGGCCACCAAGGAGAAGCUGAACAUCUACGAGGCCAUGAAGAGGAACCUGCUGAGGCCCAGCACCGCGGUGAUCCUCCUGGAGGCACAGGCAGCCACUGGCUUCUUGAUAGACCCUGUGAAGAACCGGAAGCUCUACGUCAAUGAGGCUGUGAAGGCUGGUGUUGUGGGGCCAGAGCUGCACGAGAAGCUGCUGUCUGCUGAGAAGGCUGUCACUGGCUACAAGGACCCCUACUCAGGAGACACCAUCUCCCUCUUCCAGGCCAUGAAGAAAGGACUCAUUGUCAAGGAGCACGGCAUCCGCCUGCUCGAGGCCCAGGUUGCCACUGGUGGCAUCAUCGACCCUGUCCACAGCCACCGCCUGCCUGUGGAGGUGGCCUACCAGCGCGGCUACUUUGACCAGGAGAUGAACCAGACCCUCUCUGACCCUAGUGAUGACACCAAGGGCUUCUUUGAUCCCAACACACAGGAGAACCUCACCUACACGCAGCUGAAGGAGAGGUGCAUCGAGGACCCUGAGACGGGGCUUUACCUGCUGCCUCUGAGGGAGCCAGAGAAGCCCAAGGUGGUGGAGACCACCCACAUGUACACAGAGGCGGAGACACGGAAGGUGUUUGAGGAGACACAGGUGGACAUCCCCGUGGGCAGUAGGGCUGGCUCCUCCAUGUCACUGUGGGAGAUCAUGCACUCAGACCUGCUGCCCGAGGAGCAGCGCAAGCAUCUGAUGGAGGAGUUCCAGUCAGGCCGUGUAUCCAAGGAGCGCAUGAUCAUCAUCAUCAUCGAGAUCAUCGAGAAGACUGAGAUCAUCCGGCAGCAGAACCUCACCUCCUAUGACUAUGUCCGGCGCCGCAUCACGGCUGAGGACCUCUACGAGUCCAAGAUCAUCUCCCAGGACAUCUACAACCUGCUGAAGCAGGGCUCCAAAACCUUCCGGGAGCUGCUGGACACAGAGACUGUCUGGAAGUACCUGUAUGGGUCAGGCUGUGUGGCCGGCAUCUACAUCCCCUCCUCCAAGCAGAAGCUCAGCAUCUACCAGGCACUGAAGAAGGGGCUGAUCAGCUCGGAGGUAGCCCGCUCCCUCCUGGAGGCCCAGGCUGCAACUGGCUUCAUGAUCGACCCUGUGAAGAACGAGAUGCUGACUGUGGAUGAAGCUGUCAGGAAGGGCGUAGUGGGGCCUGAGAUCCACGACCGGCUCCUAUCUGCUGAGAGGGCUGUGACUGGUUACAGAGACCCCUACAGUGAGCAGAAGAUCUCUGUCUUCCAGGCCAUGAAGAAGGACCUUAUUCCUAGUGAGGAAGCCCUCAAACUCCUGGAUGCCCAGCUUGCCACCGGUGGCAUCAUUGACCCACACCUGGGCUUCCACCUGCCCUUGGAGGUGGCCUACCAGAGGGGCUUCAUCAACAAGGAGACUCAUGAUAUGCUGUCAGAGCCCAGUGAGGUGCGGAGCUACGUGGACCCAUCCACGGAUGAGAAGCUGAGCUACACCCAGCUGCUGCGGCGCUGCCGCCCCGACGAGGGCAGCCGGCUGCUGCUGCUGCCGCUGAGCGACACACGACGCCUCACCUUCCGCGGCCUGCGCAAGCAGAUCACCAUGGAGGAGCUGGUCCUCUCCCAGGUGAUGGAUGAGGCCACGGCCCAGCGCCUCCAGGAGGGACUCACCUCUAUCGAGGAGGUCUCCAAGAAUCUGAAGAAGUUCCUGGAAGGCACCAGCUGCAUCGCUGGUGUCUUCGUGGACUCCACCAAGGAGCGGCUCUCCAUCUACCAGGCCAUGAAGAAGGGCAUCAUCCGGCCAGGCACUGCCUUCGAGCUGCUGGAGGCGCAGGCAGCUACUGGCUACGUCAUUGACCCCAUCAAGGGGCUGAAGCUGACAGUGGAGGAGGCUGUGCGCAUGGGCAUUGUGGGGCCCGAGUUCAAGGACAAGCUGCUCUCUGCCGAGAGGGCUGUCACUGGCUACCGUGACCCCUACUCUGGCAAGCUCAUCUCCCUCUUCCAGGCCAUGAAGAAAGGCCUGAUCCUGAAGGACCACGGCAUCCGCCUGCUGGAGGCCCAAAUCGCGACAGGGGGCAUCAUCGACCCCGAGGAGAGCCACCGCCUACCCGUGGAGGUGGCCUACAAGCGGGGCCUCUUUGACGAGGAGAUGAACGAGAUCCUGCUGGAUCCCAGCGAUGACACCAAGGGCUUCUUUGACCCCAACACGGAGGAGAACCUGACCUACCUGCAGCUGAUGGAGCGCUGUGUCACUGACCCCGAGACGGGGCUGUGCCUCCUACCCCUGAAGGAGAAGAAGAGGGAGAGGAAGACCUCCUCCAAGUCCUCUGUCCGCAAGCGCCGGGUGGUGAUCGUCGACCCGGAGACAGGCAAGGAGAUGUCGGUGUAUGAGGCCUACCGCAAGGGCCUGAUCGACCACCAGACCUACUUGGAGCUGUCAGAGCAGGAGUGCGAGUGGGAGGAGAUCACGACCUCCUCCUCUGAUGGUGUAGUCAAGUCCAUGAUCAUCGACAGGCGCUCAGGGCGCCAGUACGACAUCGACGAUGCCAUCAGCAAGGGCCUGAUCGACCAGUCGGCUCUGGACCAGUACCGCUCGGGCACGCUCUCCAUCACCGAGUUCGCUGACAUGCUCUCGGGCAACAUGGGUGGCUUCCGCUCGCGCUCGUCCUCUGUGGGCUCCUCCUCCUCCUCCUACUCUGCCAGCCCGGCCCCGCUGCGGACGCCCAUCUCUGUGUGGAGUGACCCAACCGAGGAGACGGGGCCGGUGGCCGGCAUCCUGGACACAGACACCCUGGAGAAAGUGUCCAUUACUGAAGCCAUGCGGCGCAACCUGGUGGACAACAUCACAGGGCAGAGGCUGCUGGAGGCUCAGGCCUGCACCGGGGGCAUCAUCGACCCCAACACCGGUGACAGGUGCUCGGUUGCUGACGCGCUCGCUAAGGGCCUGGUGGACAAGAUCAUGGUGGACCGCAUCAACCUGGCGCAGAAGGCCUUCUACGGCUUCGAGGACCCACGCACUAAGACAAAGAUGUCUGCAGCACAGGCACUGAAGAAGGGCUGGCUCUACUACGAGGCUGGGCAGCGGUUCCUGGAGGUGCAGUACCUGACAGGGGGGCUGAUCGAGCCGGACGCCCCCGGACGUGUCUCCCUAGACGAGGCGCUGCAGAAGGGCACCAUCGAUGCGCGCACGGCCCAGAAGCUGCGCGAUGUCAACACCUACUCCAAGUACCUCACCUGCCCCAAGACCAAGCUGAAGAUCUCCUACAAGGAUGCCAUGGAGCGCAGCAUGAUCGAGGAUGGGACAGGGCUGCGGCUGCUGGAGGCCUCCUCGCAGUCCAGCAAGGGCUACUACAGCCCCUACAACCUCAGCAGUGCUGGCUCCGCCGCGGGCUCCCGCACCGGCUCUCGCACCGGCUCCCGCUCAGGCUCCCGGCGCGGCAGCUUCGACGCCACUGGCUCUGGAUUCUCCAUGACCUUCUCUUCCUCCUCCUACUCCUCCUCCACCUUUGGGCGCCGAUACGCCGCGGGUCCCCAGAGCACUGCAGAGCUGGCGGCUGAACUGGCCCUCGCCCUCUCCUCGCUCCCCCUGCUGAGCUGUGGGCAAGGGGUGAGGAGGGGGCACCUGGGGCUCUGUGGGUGCCUGCUGCCCGUGGCCCACAGCCCAGCCCGCCAGCGCGGCUACCAGGAACGCUCUGCCGUGUGCCGCAACCACCCAGAUGCUGCCAGGAACCCGCCAGCCCCGCACCCUGCACCAGGAGGAGAUGGAGGAGGAGACAAUGGAGGAGAUGCCCCUGCCCCGCAGCCCCUGCCCCACAGCCCCUGUCCCCCAGCCCCUGCCCCACGGCGCACCACGGCCAACACGAUGGAGGAGCAGGAGGCCACCACCAACUCCCUGCUGCUCGGCACCGGACACCAGCGCCACCUCCUGGCCCUUUCCUCCAUGCUGAGGAGGGGUCCCUACCACCGGCCCCGCUGGCACAUCUCCGCUGCCGGGCCCGUGCCGCCACCGCCAGUGGCCGUGCUGGCCGCUGCCUGUCUGUCCAUCUGUCUGUUCGUGCAUCUGGGAAGUGCUCAGCACCAGGCCCCUUCCUCUCACACUGACCUGGUGCCAGGAAUUGACAGGUCCUGGCUGUGCCCAAGGGGAGCCACGGCGGCUGCUGGGCACUCGCUGGCACAGGCGCCCAGUGCUGCCAAGGAUGCCAGUGUCACCAGGAAGAGCAUGGAGGGAUCAGAGCUGGAUGGGGAGGAGAUGGAGAGAACUCAGCAGCCUGGCAAGUGCCCGGAGAGGUGCUCGGAGGUGCAGGAGCAGCUGCUGGCACUGCGGCACUGGCUGGAUGCCAUGGAGAAGCAGUUGCCUGCCCAGACGGAGCCUGGCACAGUCCCACAGCUCUGGCUGGGGGAGCUGGAAUUGGGGUGGGGGGUUCAGGGCACCCCUCGGAGCCGGGGGGCUGCUGAGGGGCGGGGGGGCCGAUACGGGUGCCGAAGGGAUCAGCAGGUGCCGGUGCCGAAGGGAUCAGCAGGUGUCGGUACCAGGGAGAUCAGCAGGGGGCCGGUACGGGGGCGGUCAGCAGGGGCCGGCCGGGAUCCGAGGUGGGGGCACGGCACCGGCAGCCUCGCUGGCACCGUCGCCCGUGCCAUGGGGAAUUCGGUGAGCAGGCCCAGCUGCCUGGGCGAGCGGAGCCGGCGCCACGAGGAGCUGCUCCGGGAGCCGGACGCGGGGCAGCCGCUGGGCAGCGCGGUGGAGGCCUGGCCAGCGCUACCGGAGAAGCUGCCGGUGGAGAACGGCUGGAGCCCGGCUGCCGGCGCCAGGCAGAGCGGAGCCGGCAGCCCCGUGCUGCGGCGCAGCCGCUCCGAGGUGUCGGUGCAGAACGGGAGCGCAGCUGGCGUGCCGGUGCCGGUGCCGGGGCAGGUGGGGGGAGCGACCUGGACUCCUCCCCGGAGCGGUGCCCCCCGUGGCGCCUGGCCCUGGCAGCCUCUCACUACGCGGGAGGUGACCGAGGUGACCGAGGUGACUGAGACCAUCGUGACAGAGAUCGUGGAGGUGACUCAGUACCCAAUGGGCGAGCGCGGCGGCGAGGCUCUGCUCACCCGCACCGUCACCGUCACCACCGGGCACCUGACCGGCGGCCGCGCCGGGCACAGCGGCACCAACGAGGUGUCCAUGCAGGUUGUGGCCGUGCCAGAGGAGGUAAUGGGCACAGAGCAAGGCCAAGACUCAGUGGAGCAGCUGCUGGCCUGGGUGGCAGACAUGGAGGAGCUGGUGGGCAACCAGAAGUCACCCUCAGCCGAAGCGAAGGUGGCCAAGGCCCAGCUGGAGGAGCAGAAGCUCCUGAAGCGGCUGCUGGAGGAGCGGAGGCCACGUGUGGAGCUGCUCCUGCAGGACAGAGCUGUGCCAGCAGCACAUGGCCCUGGCACAGUAGUGCCCGAGGGCAGCAGCAGCCUCUCUGGCCUUCAGGAGAAGUGGCAGAAGCUGAUGGAGGAGGCUGAAGCCAGGUAUAGCCACCUGGAGAGGAUCCUGCCUGUGGCCCAGGCCUUCCAGGAGGCCGUGGACUCCUUCCAGGAGUGGCUGGCAUCUACAGAGCGGCAGCUGGCACAACUCUGGCGUGCCAACGGCUGCCUCAGCCGCCUGCAGGACGCCCACCAGCAAACCCAGGUGCUGUGUGAGGAGAUCCGCGGGCGGCUGGGGGAGCUGGAUGGUGCCCUGGCGAGUGGGCAGCAGGUGCUGGAGAUGGUGACAGGGGAGGAAGCACAGCUGGCACAGGAGAAGAUGGAGGCGCUGCGGAUGCGGUACCUGAUCGCCGGGCAGAGCAGUGCCGACACCGAGCAGCGGCUGCGCCAGGCCCUGGAGGCCUCCUCCCGUCUGGGCACCGCCCCCGAGGAGCUGGCACUUUGGCUGGGCCAAAUGGAGACUGAGCUGGACACCUGGGACAACGGGCACGAGGCCCCAGUCAGUGACAGCGACAGGGAAAAGUUCCAGCAGGUCCUGGAGGCCCAGCUCUGCCACUCAGCUGCACUUGGGCAGCGCCUGGAGGACAUCAGCCGGGUGCAGCUGGAUGCCAGCGCCCUCUGUACACAGCUUGCUGACCAGAAGCUGCUGUCGGCUGAGGUCCUGCAGCACCGGGCGCUGGUCGAACGCCUGCUGGGGGUCUCAGAGCUGCUGCUGCUUGCCUGUCCUGAGCCCCUGCGCCAGCACCUGCAGCCAUCAGUGCGAGCGCUACGGGAGAGCACGGAGCAGCUGUGCCAGCGCAGCGCUGCCAGCGCCCUGCAGCUGGAGCAGGCCCAGCACCUGCUGGCACAGUUCAGCGAGGCGCUGGACGAACUCUGGCCAUGGCUGGAGGAGACGCAGGAUGUGGGCACGCAGCUGGCACCCAGCGCCAGCGGCUACGAGGCCUUCCGGGAGCAGCAGGCACUGCUGCAGUGCCUGCGGGAGGCCAUCGCAGAGCACCGGCCGGUGAUGGGGAAGCUGCAGCGCGUGGUGGCACAGCUGGCAGAGCUGAGCCCCGAGCAGGUGGCCCCCUUCCAGCAGCGGUGCCAGGAGGCAGAGGAGCAGUACGGGCACCUCCGUGGGCGCGUGGGCCAGGCAGCCGCUGUGCUGGAUGACGCCCUGCCACGCUACAGCCAGCUCACGGAGCGCAUGGAUCUGCUGCUGGAGAGCCUGGAGCGGCUGCAGAGCCGCCUGCAGUGCCAGCCCGGUGCCCAUGGCGAUGCCGCCUACCUGCGGGAGCAGCUCCGUGAGAACAGCCUGGCACUGGGCGAGCUGGAGAAGCUGGGGGUGGCACUGGACACCAUCCAGGCACAGGGCAGCGAGCUGCUGGCCACCAUGCAGGCAGCUAAUGCUGAGGCAGCUGCCACAGGGAUCCAGGAGCGGGCAGCACAGCUAAGGGCACAGUGGGGCUGUCUGCAGGGCCGGUGCCAGGAGCAGGAGCUGCGGCUGCGGGAGUUGCUGGCAUUGGCAGAGCGGUUCUGGCACAGCCUGGCAGAGCUGGCACUGACCCUCAGCGACACCCAGCAGCUGGUUUUGGGGCUGGAGGAGGCUGGCAGUGAGCCUGAGGCCAUCCGUGCCCAGCUCCGCAGCAUGCAGGCACUGCGGGAGGAGAUCGAGGCGCUGCAGGGGGAGCUGGACACGCUGGGCACCCUGGGUGUGGAGCUGAUGGCAUCCUGUGGGGACCCUGACAAGCCUGAUGUCACCAAGAGCCUGGACGAGCUCUACUCCUCCUGGCACAGCCUGAACAAGGCCUGGACCGAGCGCUUUGCCCGCCUCGAGGAGCAGCUCCAGGCCGCUGUCACCUACCAGGACACCAUGCAGCGGCUGCUGGAGUGGCUGGAGGCAGGCGAGCUGCGCGUGGCAGACGAGUUCCUGGUCGGAGGGGACCUGGACGUGGUGCAGCAGCAGCUGGCAGAGCUCAAGGAGUUCAAGCGGGAGCUGUACCAGUGCAAGGUGGAUGUGGAGAGCCUGCGGCACCAGGCGGGCACAGCUGGCACAGGGCAGGGGGAUGCCCCAUCGCCCCUGGGUGACUUCCGGCGGCGCUGGGACCGGCUGGAGGAGGAGGUGGUCAGCAGGCAGCACCAGCUGGAGGCGGCGCUGCUGGGCCUGGGUCAGUUCCAGCACCAGCUGGAGGAGCUCCUGCGCUGGCUGGGGCACACCGGGGAGCAGCUGCGGGGCCCGACCCUGCUGAGCCUGGACCUGCAGAGCUGCGAGAUCGAGCUGGCCAAGCACAGGGUGCUGCGGAACGACGUGCUGUGCCACGCGCGCACGGUGCAGGCGGUGAGCGAGGCCGGGCAGGGGCUGCUCCUGGGCAGCCUGGGCGACGGCGAGGAGGGGCUGCGGAAGGGGCUGCAGCAGCUGCGCCAGCGCUGGGACCUGGUGCUGAGCCAGACCGAGAGCCGACAGCUGGAGCUGGAGAACAACCUCAGCCAGGUCCAGGACAUCACGCUGGAGAUGACAGAGCUGCUGCAGUGGCUGGAGCAGGUGGAACUGCAGCUCUUCUUCUCCAAGCCAGUGUGGGGCCACCCGGACACCACCAAAGAGACACUCACCGCCCAUCUGGAGCUGUGCCGGGUGCUGGAGUCCAAGCAGGAUUGGUACGGGGAGGUGCGGGCACGGCUGCGGCGCCUGCUGGCCUCCGGCUGCCCCACCAGGUCCUGCGGCACCCAGCACCGCCUGCGCCUCCUGGAGACCAAGUGGGACAGCGUGCAGGAGCAGGCCCGCCUCAGGAAGGAGCAGCUGGCUGAGGGGCUGACAGUCACCACCGAGUUCCACGGCACCGCGCAGGAGCUGCUGCGUUGGGUGGCUCACACUGAGGAGCUCCUGGGCUCCCCUGCUCCACCCAGCUUUGUCCUGGACACGGUCACCGAGCAGAUCCAGGAGCACAAGGCGCUGCUGAAGGAGGCGAGUGCCCAUGGGGAGCAGCUGGCAGGGCUGGAGGCUGUGGCUGCCCGCCUGAGGGACUUCAGCAGGAGACAGGAUGGAGCUGUCAUCCAGAACCUGCUGCUGAGUGCCAGGGAGCGGCUGGGCAAGGUGCUGCAGCGGGCAGCUGAGCGUGGGGAACAGCUGGAGGAUGCCCGCAAGCGUGCCAAGCAGUUCAGCGAGUCCCGGCGGCUGCUGCUGGACUGGAUGGAUGAGGUGGAGCAGAGCCUGGAGGUGCCGCAGGACACGGGCUUGAGCCAGGAGGAGAUCAAGGACCAGCUGGCUGAGCACAAGGCAUUCCAGAAGGUUCUGCGUGCCAAGCGCCCGGUGCUGGAGGCCACUCUGCGCAGCGGGAGGGCACUGCGGGAGCGGGCACGGUGCCAGCAGGACCUGCAGCCGCUGGAGGAGCUGCUGGGGGAGCUGAAGGAGCGAUGGGAUGGGCUCUGUGCCCGCGCCGCGGAGAGGCAGCACCAGCUGGAGGAGCAGCUGCUGUUCUCAGGCAGGUUCUCAGAGGCGCUGCGGGCACUUCUGGACUGGCUGUGCCACGCCGAGCCCCAGCUGUGUCAGGACGCGCCCGUUGGCGGGCACCGCGACCUGGUGGCUGACCUGAUGGACAAGCACAAGGUGUUCCAGAAGGAGCUGGGCAAGCGGGCGAGCUGUGUGCGGGCGCUGAAGCGUUGGCUGCGGGACCUGCCGCGGGGCAGCGCUGGCACCGGUGACUCGCAGUGGCUGCAGCAGCAGGUGGAGGAGCUCAGUGCCCGCUGGGACCUGGUCUGUGCCCUCUCUGUCUGCAAGCAGACCCGGCUGGAGGCUGCCCUGCGCCAGGCAGAGGAGUUCCACAGCCUGGUCCAGUCCUUUCUGGGUCGCCUCUCGGAGUCGGAGAAAAGCCUCAAGUUUGGCAUCUUGCCCGAGGAGGAGGCGGCUGUGCAGGAGUGCCAGGGCCAGCUGCAGGAACUGCUGAAGUCCCUGCAGUGCCAGGAGCUGGAGCUGGAGUGCAUCACCUCGCUGGGGGAGGAGAUCCUGGCCACCUGCCACCCCGACUCCAUUGUCGCCAUCAAGUCCUGGGUGACAGUGGCCAAGAGCCGCUUUCAGGAGGUGCUGAGCUGGGCGCAGCAGCAGGGUGAACGGCUGCAGGCGCAGGCAGCAGUGCUGGCAGCGCAGCGGGAGGAGGUGGCACGGCUGGCAGAGUGGAUGGCAUCGGCUGAGGAGGCGCUGAGCCUGCGGGACCAGGAGCCGCUGCCCGAGGAGGCCGAAGCGCUGGAGGAGCUCAGUGCCCAGCACAUGGUCUUCAUGGAGGAGCUGAACCGCAAGCAGCCUGAGGUGGAGAAGGUCACCAAGAGCAGCAAGCAGAAGAUGGGCCCUGACCUGGGCCCCCCGGCCACCCGCCGGCUGCCCUCACGUCGCCGCAGCAGCGGGAAGGCUGCGGGCACGCUGGCAGUGCCACUCGGGGGGAUGGAGCCCCAGAGCCCGCUGGUGGCCCAGCUCCUGCAGCGCUGGCAGCAGCUCUGGCUGCUGGCACUGGACCGGCAGUACCGGCUGGAGACCGCCCAGCAGCGGCUGCGUGAGCUGGAGGAGUUUGCCCACUUUGACUUUGGGGCCUGGCGUCAGCGCUACGUGCAGUGGAUCGGGCGGCGCAAGGCGCGGGCACUCGACAUCUUCCGUGGCAUCGACCGCGAGCAGGCCGGCCGCGUCAGCCAGCGCCAGUUCAUUGCCAGCGUCCUCGCCUCCAAGUUCCCCACCAACGUGCUGGAGAUGACGGCGGUGGCUGCCAUCUUUGACACCAAUGGCGAUGGCUUCAUUGACUACUGCGAGUUCCUCAGCGCCCUGCACCCCAGCCGGGACCCCCUGCGCCGCGGCGCCGACGCCGACCAGAUACAGGAUGAGGUCAACAGGCAGGUGGCCCAGUGCAACUGUGCCAAGCGCUUCCAGGUGGAGCAGAUCAGUGCCAACAGGUACCGGUUUGGGGAGUCGCAGCAGCUGCGCAUGGUGCGCAUCCUGCGCAGCACCCUGAUGGUGCGGGUCGGCGGCGGCUGGAUUGCGCUGGACGAGUUCCUGGUGAAGAAUGACCCCUGCAGAGUGAAGGGCAGGACCAACCUGAAGAUCAAUGAGCGCUACCUGUCCUCAGACUCCUUCGGGGUCACCAAGGGCGCAGGGACCCCCGCGUCUGCCUCCCCCAAAGCGCUGUCCCCCAGCCGCUCCAGCUCCAGCCUCAGCCUCUACAGCAGCGCCUCGGCCCCCAGCAGCCCUCUGGCCCGGAAGUCGGUGCUGCGGAGGACGCGAUCCGGAGACCGCUGCCCACGCUCCCGGGGAUCCCAGAUGCCCGACGGCGCUGAGCUGCCCAGUCUCGCGCCCCAGGAGACCCCUGCCCUGGCACCUUCCGAGUCCCCACAGCAGCCUCCCCUGGCCCUGGCAGAGCCACCUGAAGAGGCCCUCCCGGAGCGCCGCAGCCCAUGCCGCUGACCCCCCGUGCCCAGCGCCCUACUCAGGACCCUCCCCACGGCUGGAGGAUGGCACAGCUGCGUGCCCCACGUGUCCCCAGCCUAGCACUGCCUUCCCCCCCUGAGCGGGCACACACCUGCAAGGGCUG